GCGGAGCCAGAGCGCUGCGGGCUCACAAAGCGGCCGGACGCGCAGCGGCGGGUGGCAGGAGCGUAGGAGAGCGAGCCGGCAGAUCAGCCUCCUCCGCGACCGCACCACGCGAGCUCGAGCAACUCGGACGCGGGCACCCGGGCCGGCCCCCACGAUGCCAGCGAUCGCGGUGCUGGCGGCGGCGGCCGCGGCGUGGUGCUUCCUCCAGGUGGAGAGCCGGCACCUGGACGCGCUGGCGGGCGGCGCGGGCCCCAACAACGGCAAUUUCCUAGACAAUGACCAGUGGCUGAGCACCGUCUCCCAGUACGACCGGGACAAGUACUGGAACCGCUUUCGAGACGAAGUUGAGGAUGAUUAUUUCAGAAGCUGGAAUCCCAACAAGCCCUUUGACCAAGCCCUGGACCCGUCCAAAGACCCCUGCCUGAAGGUGAAAUGCAGCCCUCACAAAGUAUGCGUGACCCAGGACUACCAGACGGCCCUGUGUGUCAGCCGCAAGCACCUGUUCCCCAGGCAAAAGAAGGGGAGCGUGGCUCACAAACACUGGGUCGGACCCUCGAAUCUGGUGAAGUGCAAGCCGUGCCCCGUGGCACAGUCAGCCAUGGUCUGCGGCUCCGACGGCCACACCUACACUUCCAAGUGCAAGUUGGAGUUCCAUGCUUGUUCUACUGGCAAAAGCUUCACCGUCCUCUGUGAUGGGCCCUGUCCAUGUCUCCCGGAGCCCGAGCCACCAAAACUCAAGACACAAAAGAAUGCCUGCACAGAUAAGGAGUUGAGGAACCUCGCAUCCCGCCUGAAAGACUGGUUUGGAGCCCUUCACGAGGAUGCCAACAGGGUCAUCAAGCCCACCAGCUCUGAUGCAGCCCAAGGCAGAUUUGACACCAGCAUCUUGCCCAUCUGCAAGGACUCCCUGGGCUGGAUGUUCAACAAGUUGGACAUGAAUUAUGACCUCCUGCUUGACCACUCAGAGAUCAAUGCUAUCUACCUGGAUAAGUAUGAGCCCUGCAUCAAGCCUCUCUUCAACUCCUGUGACUCCUUCAAGGAUGGCAAGCUCUCCAACAAUGAGUGGUGCUACUGCUUCCAGAAGCCUGGAGGUCUCCCUUGCCAGAAUGAAAUGAACAGGAUUCAGAAGCUGAGCAAGGGGAAAAGCCUGCUGGGAGUGUUCAUCCCUCGGUGUAACGAGGAGGGCUAUUACAAAGCCACACAGUGCCACGGCAGCACGGGCCAGUGCUGGUGUGUGGAUAAAUAUGGCAACGAGCUGGCCGGCUCCAGGAAACAGGGCGCCGUGAGCUGUGAAGAGGAGCAGGAGACCUCAGGGGAUUUUGGCAGUGGCGGCGCUGUGGUCCUGCUGGAUGACCUGGAGGACGAGCGGGAGCUGGGACCAAAGGACAGAUCCGGGAAGCUGAGGGUGCACACCCGGGCAGUGACAGAGGAUGACGAGGAUGAGGACGACGACAAAGAGGACGAGGUGGGCUACAUCUGGUAGUCCCCACGAGGAAGAGGACACAAGGUUUGCACCGACCGGCAAGUCACUUCCUACUCUGGCAUUUGUAUCUAAGACCCCACAGCACCAAGGCCUCUUCUCCAUUGUUGCUCUCUGUACCCGACCUGAGGUUUGGAAGACCGCUCCUUGUCCCCCGAACAUUCUGGUCUUGCAUACAGUUGUGUGGGAAGAAGGGUGUUGUGUUCUGUUUUUAUUUAGACAGGGGAGCGGCUGGCUGAGCUGGAGCCUCCUUCCCUCCCAUGAGAGUUGUACAACGCGCAUGUGAAGUUUGUGGGAUUCUGACUGUGCAGGGAGCCCCCACCUUGUAAACGUCCAAGAUGCUUUUCGAUUACCCACACCAGUGGUCAUUCCAGCAUGGUUCCCAGCCUUACGAUGUCUAAGUGCUUUUCUUGUGUCCUGUAGAUGUCGUGGAAAACACACCACACUGUACUUUCUUCUGCCCUAUCCCCACCACCCCUCGUGGUAAUAAUUAAAAAUUCGUUUUUCAUAUCACUCUA